UGAAUCAAUAUGAGCAACCCCCUGUGUUAUUAAAGAUUACUAUUUCCCCCUUUUUCCAAUUUAGUCUCAUGUAGACAAAUAUAAUGGCAGACACAGAAUUUGAGGAGUUGAGGAGUUAUUUUGAGACCGUACCCCAUCACAUAAAAGCAUCGGUACAUUCUUAUACGCUUGUUCCUGACAUUUUACUCGAUGAGGAUUCACCCACUUCGACAUCCUCGAAAAGCAGCGAUUGUAUCCUUGGAAAUGAAGCGCAAACUAGUGUGGCUGAAUUGAGAAAUCCCAUCACUGAAACUGAACAUUUUACAUAUCAAGACAAAGAAACUAAGGGAAGCAGUGAAGACAGCCCGGAAAGUAAUGACAGUGAUCAAAACUGGCCACCAAGGCCUCCUGGCGGAAGACGCAGAAGAAAGUUACCAGAGAUUCCCAAACAUAAAAAACCUUAUGUUUUGUCUCUGGCGGAUGAAUUGGGAGACGCCUUGUCUCUUCAGCUUGAUUACACGACUAGAAACAGCCCAAGGAAUUUAUUGAUGCUGAAGUACCUAAGGGAUGAAGAUUUGUACGGAUAUGAUGUUGAUUCAGGAAAUUCGACGGCUCAUUCCCCUGAUGGGCUUAAGUCUUCAUCACCCAUUCCUGUCAAUACGGGUUCUACUACACCGGCUUCAACUGAAAGCUGUAGUAUCCCUUGUGCACAGCUAGAACUGCUAGAAGCCACACAUAGGGGUUUAUAUAAAUUUAUUCCGAGGCAUAGAGAUGAGCUUGAUGUUGAAAUCGGUGAUCCGAUUUAUGUACAAAAGGAAGCCGAUGAUCUGUGGUGUGAAGGUGUAAAUCUACGCACGGGAAGACAAGGUGUUUUUCCAUCUGCGUAUGUAGUUGAUAUGGAUUAUAACGAUUUUGAUCCGACGACGCCGAAAGUAAAAAGGGAACGAUUUCUUCUCGGAUAUCUCGGCUCUGUGGAAACAAUGUGGCAUAAAGGGACUAAUGUAUUGUGCCAAGCGGUCAAAAAAAUAAUCGCGACGAAACACAAGCCGCAUCAGUGUAUACUUGAAAUUUCGGAUCAAGGGCUUCGCAUGGUCGACAAGACAAGGAGAAAGACACAGAGCACACCAUGUCAAGAUUAUUUUUACUCUCUGAAGAACGUAUCUUUUUGUGCUUUCCACCCGUCGGAUCACAGGUAUAUGGGUUUCAUCACAAAACACCCAACCCUUCAGAGGUUCGCAUGCCAUGUCUUCCUGGGCAGUGAGAGCACUCGACCUGUAGCUGAAGCAGUUGGGCGAGCUUUCCAAAGGUUUUAUAUAAAAUUCAUUGAGACUGCAUACCCGAUUGAAGAUAUCUACAUUGAAUAAUUUAUCAAUGCAUUUUUUUUCAUAAAAAGGAAAAAAAAAGAAUUUUGUGCCAUAAAGGCUCUGCAGCACUAUAUAAAUUCCCCUUUAGUAAAUCCAAAUUAUAGAAAAACCCUAUUGAAAAUUUAAAACAAUACUUUAACUUUGAAGGGAAGUGUCCUAAAGAUAAUUUUAGGCUCUAAAAUUUUAGAAUAGACUAUUAUUACAAAGAAAGAUGUUGAUUCAAAAAUAAUCAAAAGGUUUGUUAAAAGAAAAUUGGUUAUUUACAAAUGGAAGGAAGGUGUGUUGCAAAGUCUAGUAUUUAAUUUUUAACUUAUACUGGUAAGUCAUUCAAAUAUCUCCUUUCUUAACAUCUUUACAUAAGGGCAGGACAAAAGAAAAUGCCCAGAACUUAUAAUAAAAUUAAAUCUAGUCAAAUGAACUGAUUUGAAAUUUUUCAAAUAUUUUAUUUAAAUUUUCAAGUGCAUGUCCAGUGUGGGCGGUGCAUUUUGUCUGCUGGCGGUUGAAAUUGGUAUUUGAACCGGUCUGAUUGAAAGGGAGGACAUGUGAAUGACCGAUAUGGUAUAAUAAGUUCAAAAAUAGGCACAAUAAUCAAGUUAAAGACUGUUCUUAUUGUUUUGGAACGAUUCUUUUAUACAGUGGUUCAAUGCUCAUUUCACGUAUACACAAACUGUUAUCCACAAUUUUCAAAUUAUCAUAGUAAUUCAUUGUUUUUGUUUUAAAUAAAAAAUUAACUAAUGGGCUGUGAUAAAGAAGAAGAGAUUAUAAUUUUAUUUUAUUUUUUGUGUUGUUUUGUUGAAAGUCACUGAUGGCUAAAUUUUACAUAAAAACCCAAUAAUAUUUGGCCAAAUUUAACGAUAAAAUAAACUUAAAAAAAAAUUGAGGGAUUAAAAAAAGGUGUAAGCUUUUUCUGUGUUAGUAUCAAGUUCUAUUUGUAAUGGGAAAAAAGCAUUUAAAUAGUUUUAUACUUGCUAUGUUCUACCGAUGCUACAAUAGAUUUAUUUGCACUCAAACUGGAAAAGAAAAAAAUUUUACUAUUGCGUUAUUAAUUUUUAAGCGGAAUUCUUAAAAAAUAGGCUGUAUUUAAACUUAUAGAUAAAGUCUCAGGGGUAUAAACUUUUUUAAUAUUUAAAUUUUAGGCUUUAUGGGAGAUUAAUAACACUGUCGAUGAUAAUAAGCCACACUUUUAGAUGUUUGAGUUUUUAAAAAAUAUAAUGAGAUUAAUAUAACAAGAUUUAAGUUGAAACCAUUACUGUUUUUACAAUUAAUUACACUCAGUACAGAACUUUGGUUGGCAUCUCAGAUAAACUUUCAGUUUUUUAUGGAUUUUUUAAAUAUUAAAUAUAUAGUUGUCGUGAAACUUGAUUUUUCCUGAUCAUCCUGGUCUGGCAGACAAACCAUGUUUAUAAUGAUCAGAGAUGAUCAACGUAGAAUCUCACAUUUUGCAAUUAAAUUAUCAGGCUACAGUUCCUUUUCAACAAAUAAAACCGAUAAUUGCUUUGAAGUAUUUAGUAAUAUUAUGAUCACAUUUUGUAAAGUUCACCAACUAGUACCAUACUACCUCGCCUUGCUCCAGAUUCCCGUUUUGACAAAUUUAUUGGUGGUAUUAUCAGCAGCUACAGUGCUAGGACCAUUCGACUAGGAUUAAGGAUAUUGAGCUACAGUAGCACACAAAAGUAUUUUUAUGAAAUUCAUCUUCUUAAUAGUACAUUCUUAUACAGUCAUGUUAAUGAAAGAAAAGCUUACAAGUUCUAGUUUUUUUUUUUUUUUUUU